AUGAACGAAAAUUUAUUUGCCCCCUUCAUUACUCCUACAGUCCUAGGUAUUUCAGUUCUACCUCUAAUUAUGAUUUUCCCAUGUCUACUAUUCUCAACUUCCAACCGCUGAGUUCCUAACCGCCUGAUUGCUCUUCAACUUUGAUUAGUUCGACUUAUCACUAAACAAAUGAUAAUAAUGCAUAAUAAACAAGGCCGAAUAUGAACACUAAUAUUAAUUACAUUAAUUAUCUUUAUUGCCUCAACAAAUCUUUUAGGACUUUUACCAUACACCUUUACUCCUACAACCCAAUUGUCAAUAAACAUAGGAAUGGCUAUCCCCCUAUGAAUAGGGACAGUACUAAUAGGUUUUCGUAAUAAGCCCAAGGCUUCCUUAGCCCAUUUCCUCCCACAAGGAACUCCAACCCCUCUUAUCCCCAUAUUAAUUAUUAUCGAAACUAUCAGUCUCUUUAUUCAACCUCUAGCACUUGCUGUACGACUAACUGCUAAUAUUACAGCGGGCCAUCUACUGAUUCACCUUAUUGGAUCAGCUACCCUAGCCCUGUCCUCAAUCAGCCUAACAGUAUCAACCAUUACAUUUACUAUUCUUUUUCUUCUAACAAUCCUAGAAUUUGCAGUAGCCCUCAUUCAAGCAUAUGUUUUUACACUACUAGUGAGCCUGUAUUUACAUGAUAAUACUUAA